UGCAGCAAACCCUGGCUAACAUGGCGGCCGUUCAGGAAGGGCUGGUGGGUAACGAGGUUGAAUCCAGCGAAUAUCCUUUUCAUCCUGUAGGUUGGUAUCUCAUGUUCUCUUUCAUUGUGAAGCUUUAUUUCCAUUCAUUCGUCAGGCGACAACUUGCGUUUGAGAAUGGAGACAAAAAGGUAGUAGCGAGUAAAUGUUACGUGCAACAUGCUUCUGACUCUCUCUCUCUCUUAUCUUUCUUCGAUGGAAUUGAAAUGCAGCGGUGAAGGACAACGGUGAAAAUACGGCAGAGGGUGAUAAUGAUGAAAACAUAACUGAAACGAAGGCAAAUGGUUCCAUUGGUGACGAAGAUUCUACAAAUGUCCCAGUACUGGAAGGAGAAGUUGUCAACGAACAAGAAUUGAAGUACUGGAAGGCUGUGAAGGAAAACCCCGCGGAUUUUACAAGUUGGACGUAUCUCUUGCAGUUUGUCGAACAAGAGGUAUUUAAUAAACCUAACCUAUCAGUUUUCGUUGAACACUUUCACGUGAAGUCUUUGUCAGCUGAACUUCAUUUGCUCUGAAUGUUAUCAUUAAAGUUGGUCGAUGAUUCUCUUUGUUUAGGAUAAUUCUAGCCUUUACUUGGAAAAAACCAUGCAAGUCAUCGUUUGUAGAACCCACAGUUUGAGGAGGUUUAUAUUUCUUGUUGCUUUUUCAGCCUGCACUUUGCUUUCACAACCUUUUUGAACUUGGUGUGCUCUAAUUUAGUCUUUCUCUGUGUAUACUUUCCUUGUAUGUAGAACAAACUGUCAUCUGCUAGGCAAGCAUUCGACGCAUUUUUUAAACGUUACCCUUAUUGUUAUGGGUACUGGAAGAAAUAUGCUGACCUGGAAAGGAAAAAUGGAAACAAUGACAGAGCUAGAGAGGUAUGUGUUGGUGAUGUAGUAAAACCAAGUUGAAUUUGCUCUACAGAGUUGGACAUUUAACUACUGAUAGUUACAGCAAACAAAUGUGUUGAAAGGAUUUACUUCUGCAAGUCAACAUUAGUACAAGUCUGAACAGUCCAUUUGACUUGAUAUAUAUUAGCAUUGAUUCUCACCAGGACAUUACAAUGCCAGUAACGACCAAAUUUACACAUGAAACCCUCCAAAAUCAAGUAACUUAAAUAGACUUAAUUUUUUUUUGUUUGCUUCAGGUAUUUGAGGGUGCUAUUUCAGCCAUUCCUCUCAGUGUGGAUUUGUGGGUACAUUACCUCAACUUUGUUUCUCAAAGUACCAAAGGUCAGAUUGAUGGCCCAGAGGUCAUGCGCAGGUAACUUUCAUUAAUGAACCUGAAUACUGACAUUGCUAUCUGUUCUCCAGGAAAACUGAUCAGCAAAGGCUUGAGGAGAGCAUUAACCUUUCCACUGGGGAUAAUCUGACCACUGUUGAUGAGUGUGUUUAAAACUUUGAGAGUUCUGUUUUUGAAUUUCUGAUUUGUUCAAUUUUUGGCAGUUCAUCUAAUCCCGAUGAUUUGUUGUGCCAUGUAUUUCUUAUUAGUAACAGUUAGGUUGGUGUUGAUAAACAGUUUUGAGUGGGCAUCGCAACCCACGCCAGCCUCUUCCGGGUCAAUUGGUAUUGGGUUCUUUACUGAUGGACAAGGUAUUUUAAUGCUUCAAUCCAUUCAGUCCUGAUUUAAGUCCAUUUUGCAUCAAGUAGUCAGUUUAUGCCUUUUUGUUAGACUUAUCUUUUACUAAGUUAUUUUUUGCUUCUCUCUUUGGUUUCUUUUUUGCAGUUUAUUUGAAAGAGCAGUGUCAUCGGCUGGAGAAGAGUUCCGUGCAGACAAACUUUGGGAUGCUUACAUUGACUGGGAGAAAAAUCAAGGCCAACUGCAAAGAGUAACAGCUUUAUAUGACAGAGUCUUUUAUGUUCCUACCCAGAAUUACAGCCAGAACUUUGAAAAGUAAGCAUUUUGGUAAUUUUGAAAAAAUACAAUGUACAUGUGCUGCUGAGUUGUCAAAGAGUAUACCAAGCUGAACUGCGUGGUAUUUUAAAUCCACUAUACUUAAGUUAGAACUAUUAGAUGUUCACAUCUACCAAGUUUGGCUGUGGUCAGUAUGGUUGUAUCAAACUAAUUUUAAAUUUUCCCGGCUUGUAGCCAAGGAGAUGCGAGGCAUUUUGGAGAGAAUUGCAAAGCAGAUUGAGAGAGUGAAAACAUUAAGAAAAUCAAUAAAGAAAAGAAAAAAUACCUAAUUUUUAUCCUUUUCUUCAGGUUUAAACAACACAUAAACUCCAACCCUAUUGCUGCGGUAUUGUGCACCGAGGAACUUCUUAAGCUGAGGGCAGAGGUUGCAGCUGCUCCCCCUGGCCUGUCAUCAGCCGAGGUGGAACCUCUUAUAAGUGUAACCUCUUCCUCAGCUAAUCCACCAGGUAUAGGAAGUGUAUAUGGAGUCUGCAUAAUUGGUUAUGUCUACUUUUAUUGUAUGAUGCUCCUCAAUACUUGUGUUGUAUAAAGCCCUUCAAUUUUGUCAGUGCUUUCAGAUUUGCCAUCUUGGUGAAGUGCUUGCUGACAUUAGAAUUCAUGAGGAAUGAGACAUUAGAAUGUGUUCAGUUUUUGCUUUCAUGAUAAAUGAUUUUCAAACUACAUUAAAUGUUCCAAAAGUCCCAAGCAUUCUCAGAAUAGUUUAUUUGUAUUUGAUCUCUGAAGGUGUUGAUGGAGAUGCUGAUGCUGAUGAAGUAGCUCCUGGAACUGAAAACCUUACCAUUCCUGGAGCUGAAAGCUCUGUCACUUCCCAGGUAUUAGUUUCUUUCAACUUCCAAAUAAUGUGCAUUAUGAAGGCAUUACUUUAGAUUGGUUGGUAAAUGUAGAAAUGAUAGUAACAACUGCAGUUAUAAAAAGCUGUCAAGAGGAUAGAAGGUUUAGUUGGGCUUGUUUUGAAUGUGAGGCUUAAAAUGUGUGGUAGCUUGUUUUUAUUUCAUUUGUGAAUGUUUGUUUUACACAUUCUUUUCCCUCAGGAUGAUGCUGAAACUAUUGCAAUCAGAGAAAAAGUAAUUGCAGCAAGACAAAAAGUAUUUACUGCAUUAGGAGAAGAAGUGAGAAAGCGCUGGACAUUUGAGGAGGCCAUAAAGAGACCAUAUUUCCAUGUCAAACCACUUGAACGUGUCCAGCUAAAGAACUGGAGAGAAUAUCUGGAUUUUGAAAUUGGCAAUGGUGAUCAUAGAAGGGUUGUGAUUCUCUUUGAACGUUGUGUAAUUGCAUGUGCAUUGUAUGAGGACUUUUGGCAAAGAUUUGCUAGUUACAUGGAAGCACAUGAUGUGGAAGCAUGCCGCCAUGUAUAUGAGAGAGCAUGCACAAUACACCUUCCAAGGAAACCUUCCAUUCAUUUAGCAUGGGCUGCUUUUGAAGAACAGCAAGGUGAGUCCACUUUUUUCAUGUCAGGAUGUCCAGUUAGAAUUCUAGCAGGCCAAUUUAUAUCUCAUCUUGGUAUGGCAUGUGUAUAUUGAACCCUGAAGAAAUAAUUUAGUAUAAGAAUCUCAUGGUGUGAUCAAAACUGCUCAAGAAAGCUACAGAUACUUGGAGUCCUAUCUAAUUUCAAGUCCAAAAUUUUCAAUCUUUCUUUUCUUCGUGUGUGCUAUAUUGCAUAUGAAUUGAGACAUCUUUAACAGAUCAUUUUACCAUCAAUCUUUAAAUCUACCUAUUAUGCAUUAUACAAGGAAGAUUAAAAAGUGCCUCAAUUAAUUUUUUUGCAAAGUUAUGAUAUUAGUCUCGUAUAGGCAAAGGGAUGGUUGGUACUAAUUUAUCAUCUCUUUUUUUAAGGAAAUGCUGCCAAGGCAUCAGAGAUUUUGGCUGAGUUAGACAAGGGUGUUCCUGGUAUAAUAAUGGUGAAGCUAAAGAGAGUAAACCUGGAAAGACGAAAGGGCAACUUUGAAGUUACUUGUACUCUCUAUGAAGAGACCAUGAAUGAGACUAGUGACCAGGAGUUAGCAACAUUUUUUGCUAUUAGAUACUCGCGAUUUUUAGCAAAGGUAAGAGAAGAAUUCUGUUUUUGGCCAACUUGUGUUUAGAAGGGUUCUUUUUAACCCUCUAACCUCACAAAGAGUAAUAACAUGCAACUCUUUCUUGCAAUGUUAAAUGUUAUUAGGAUAGAAAAAAAUCUUUUCCAGAAAUUCUUUUGAAUGCUAUACAUUAUUCUUGUUCCAUAUGGGUUUAAAAUUUUGAAAUGUUUUUUGAAUAACCCUUUAACCCUUUGAUUCAAGAUUAUAGUAUCUAGGCAGAUCAUUGGUUUAAAAAUUUGAAACGUUUUUCUAUAGUUGUUCAUCUUAACCCUUUAAACCCUAAGAGUGACUUGCAUCUUAUUUCUCCAUACAAUGUGACCCCUUAAUUAUAUAUUAAGGUUAUGAGGAUGACUAAAAUCAUACCCCACAAAAGAAACUUUUGAUCAGUGGACAAUUUCUCCUUGUCAGCACCUUAGGAAAUAUGUAAAGGGUUAAUGGUUUGCCUGUGAUCAGUAGUUCAAAAUCUAAUGAUGAAUGCAAAUUUAAAAAGGUUUACAUCACCUAUAGACCUUGACUUAAUCUGGUAUUAUGCAAUGUAGAUGAGAUAUUUGGACUGAGUAUUGUUGCUGGAAUUGAGUUUCAUACCCUCUUCAAUUAGUGUUGCUUGUCUUUGUUCUUGUGUCUGCUCCCCUGAGUGUUCUCUUUUUUUCCUCAUUAGGUCAUGGGUAAUGUGGAGAAAGCAAGAGAGGUCUUGAAAAUUGCCCUUGAAAAAGAUAAGGUAUUUACAAACACUCUAUGUAUCAUUUCAAGAAGGAUGAAAAGAGUGGAUGAAAAUCAAUCUGUACCAGUUAUUUAUUCUCUUGACACUCUAAUUUUUUGUCAUAUCAGUGUUGGUGUGGCAUUAAGGACACUUUGGACAUUUCCACAAUAGCAUUAAAUAAAGUGCCUUUAAUGAAGUCAAAUCAUUUAUCUGUUGCACUUUUUUUAUAUAACAUUGAAUUUUUUUCCUCUCUAGGAUAACAAGAGGUUGUAUCUUCAGCUUUUGGAUGUAGAGCUUUCUUCAUUUCCAUUGAAAGAAGAAAAGGUUCUAGAAGUCUUUGAUUUGGUGAGAGACAGUGAGCUGAACACAGAAGUCAAACAAGGUUUCUCUCAAAGACAAGUUGAAUUUCUUGAAGAUUUCAGUGCUGACAUUACCAAAAUAGUGGCUGCUCAGGAAAAUCAUGCUAGACUUUAUAAAGGAAAAUCUUCCUUGAUCCCAUUGACUGGCAGUAAAAGGUCACAAGAGGGAGAUGGGUAAGAAGUAAUUGCGUUAAAGAAAUGCAUGUCAAAAGUUUUCAAGUGAGAUAUCACAACAGAGAGAUGUGAGAAUUUCUUUAAAACAAGAACUGUCACUGAAAUGUUAUAGUACAGGCUGCAAGAUAAUGAAAGCUAACUUAAUGGUAGAGGAGUGGGGCAACCUUUAGCUAGUGGAUGCGUCAAUUCCAUGACAAUUCACUCGUUCCCUGUUGCCAACAGAAAAUGCACUGUGCAAAAUUUCAUUUCUUUGUUGUUACUUGCAAGGGAAUCCUAUGCUAUCUGCGAUAAGUAUCUUCUUAAUGGUAAAAAAUUGUCAAAAGUGAAAUUCUAUUGUAUUCCUUAAUGUUGUGUAUAUUACUUUAUUCAGUGUAAACUGUGGUGCACUUCAGAAUUUUGUUAAAAGGUCUUUUAUCCUUUCUAGUAGUUCAGACAUCAAAUCCAAAGUAUCAAAAACAGAAGAUGGAAUAGUGGAUAGUAGUCAACAUGCUACCAGCACUGCACUGACAGGAGCAGAAACAUACGAUGCGUCAUAUCCAUCAGCAGCAGCCUACUCUGCUGCGGCAUCUGCUUAUAACUAUUCCACACCCUUACAGAGCCAGUGGGCAGCCUACUCAGCUGCACAGCCGGUAGGUUGUCAAUAAGUUGGAGGUGAACUGGUGGCAACUUUGCUAGUGAACUGUCUGAUCUAUGAUUGUUUGCUCGUUCCCUGUUGCCAAUAGCACAUGCAAUUGUACCAUUCUGUUUUGAGGAAAUCUGUUCUUGUUAUGGGCAGAUAUGAAGCAGAUGUACUGACAGUUGAUCUUGCAUCAAAUAUUUUGUUUUGUUAUUCUUUUGGUAAUGCAUUUCACAAGACAAUUUAAUUUGAUUUUAAAACAGGUAGCAUCAAUUCACGGACAGCCACUUAUCAAAUCCUGGCUGAAAGCCUGUGUCCUUCCCUUCAUGGUUUUCACAUCUUUGCAAAAGCUCUUUACUUCCUAAAUCUUUGCUGCCCUCAGGAACUUGUAUGGUUACACUGAGCUUAGGAAAAAAAAACUUUAAUGAUUUAAGGGUGAAUUUAAAACAUUGUUUCUCUAUCUUUCAGAAUGCAUACAGCUAUAGUCAGUGGUAUCAGCAGUAUGGGGCUGCAUAUGGACAUCCUCACCAAACUGCCACACAGUAGUGUUUUUAUUUUGUUUUAUACACAGACCUAAGUCAAAAAUGAUGCAUGUACAUAGUUAAUGACAGACAUAGUGCUCUGCGUAGUCUCAAAUGAGGACUUUUACUUCUUGAUAAAUAAUGUAAAGUGCAUGUCAGAUGAGCAAUUAAAAGGUACUGUUUGUCAUAAAGCAGCUUAUUGUGUAGGGCUCCUUGACGACCAUCUGCAGCUGUUGUCAAAUUAAGCCAUGUGAACUUGUGAAAUGUUGAAAAUUUAGUGCUGGUAGUUUUUCCUUAGUUAUGUGUUCCAGUGCAAUUAUUUCAAUUUCAAUUAUUUAAAAAACUCAACCAAAAUUAAUGUACAACAAAUAGACAGCCACUGAUGCAUGGUAGCAUUUUUAUCAUGGUUACCCUGAGGAUAAGCCAAAAAAUAUAAACAUAAGAUUUCCUUGUAACAUACAUUGUUUGAAAUAAAAGUAUCUUCUGUCAAAGAAACUGUAUGAUUUAUUUUAA